CUAUGUGUGUGAAGAAAUGGUUUUCCCAAUGCACUGAUAUGAUUUUAUACAAUAACUUCAAUAAGAUGAAUUACUAAAAAUAUACAUGGUGAAACAGGUUAAGCCUCUGCUUGCUACGCUGGCAUCCUAUAUGGAUGCUGGUUCAAGUCCCUGCUGCUCCACUUCAGUCCCGUUUCCCUGCUAAUAUGCCUGAAAAUGGCAGAAGAAUGCCCAAGUACUUGGGCCCUUGCACCCACAUGGGAGACCUGGAAGAAGCUCCUGGCUCCUGGCUUCAAUCUGUCCCCACCCUAGCUGUUGCAGCCAUCUGGAGAGUAAACCAGUGGAUGGAAGAUAUUUCUCUCUCCCCUUCUCUCUCUAACUUUGCCUUUCAAAUAAAAUCUUAUAUGUGUGUGUAUAUAUAUAUAUCUAUAUAAAUAUGUAUGUGUAUAUAUAUUUAAAAGUGGGCAUUUACUCCCUAAGUGCCCACAAUGGCCAGACUGAAGCCAGGAGUCUGGAACUCGUUCCAAGUCUCCCACAUGGGUGACAAGGACUCAACCACUCAAGCCAUCACCUGCUGCUUCCCAGGGUCUGCAUCAGCAAGAGGCUGCGAUCAGGGAGGGAGCCAGAACUUGAACCCAGGUACUCUCAUGAGGAACGAGGGCAUCUUAACUGCUAGACCAAGUGCUCACAUGGAAUAGUCUUUAAAAAUGGGUAUACGAUAUGUUCUCUGCACCUUCCUGAUAAGGUAUGAACAUUUGCCUAUAGAGAACUGUUGGGGCUCUGUAUACCUUGGACCUAGGACUAUACAGGUAAGUUGAGAAGCCCAACAAAAGAAAUCCUGAAAUAGGGACAGUGGCACUUGCUCACAGAGCUGCCUGUGUCAUUAAUAAAAGGCUAAAACCCAGGAUUACCUUCGGGUCUCCAGGCCAACAGGCUGGGUGACCAAUCCACUGGCAGGCUCAGGGACAUUGUUGGGAGGCAGAAAUGUUGCUAUGACUACUGAAACCUCGGUGACAGCUAAACAGAAAGGAGAGCCUACUCAGUCUAAGACUGAAUCAAACAAGUCUGCAGACAUGUCCAUGGAAAAGAUGAUGAAGACAGAAGAGAAUUUUCAAAGGUUCACGGACUUUAAGAAGAUGGUUGACAGUUCCCACGUCUGUACCUGGCGCAGGUGGCGGAAUUCCCGAACUCGCUGCCUGUGGCAGAUGACGUUGAACCAGAGGAGAAACCCCUACGCCGCCCUGAGGCUGCGGGAGGAAGUGGCGCGGGAGCUGGCGCUGGCAAGCAAGCAGCUGUUGAUGGUCCGUCAAGCUGCCCUGCACCAGCUGUUUGAAAAGGAGUACCAGCAGUACCAGCAGGAACUAAAUCAGAUGGGCAAAGCUUUUUAUGUGGAGAGACUCUGACUGCAUCCGAAACCCCAUCCUCGUCACACCUGCUAACCUAGCCACCUUGAACCUCUACUGCCUUAAAAUUUCCUUCCCCAAAUGUUCCUGGAUCUAGCUAUCUGCCCAGCACUUUAAGACAAUGCUCUCACUCCCACCUCUUGACUCAAUUGCUAUUUGGGAAAUAAUCUAUAAACAAGAGUUAAAGACAGCAGCGACACCUUGUGGUCAGAGUGGGAUAUACAGUGUUGAUGUAGAGGUAGAAUGGACGAUUUGGUUUCGCAAAUAAAACUAGUUCCUAAAAGUGCA